AUGACGAACCCCUCGGUGAAAUUGGUGAUCUUCGACAAGGACGGCACCCUCGUCGACUUCCAUCGCAUGUGGCUGCCCUAUGCCCACGCUACCGUUCGACUCCUGGAGACGGCCACCGGACGCGGCGUUGGCCCGGCCGUGUACAAGACGCUCGGCGUCGACCCGCACAAGCAGAGGGUGUCGAUGGGAUCGCUGGCCGAAAAGACGCUGCUCGGCAUCCGGAAGGACGUGGCGAUGACACUUGUUGAGGAGCACGACAUCCCCCACGACGAGGCCCACCGCAUCGUCGAGCACGCCGUGCCCGAGCAGUCACCCGGCGAGACAUGGCCCGUCUGCGAUUUGCAGAUUCUGAUGGAGGAGCUGCGCCAGAUGGGCGUCAAGAGCGCCGUGUGCACCGCCGACAGUCGGGCAGCCACGGUUAACCAGCUGAAACUGCUCCGCAUUGAGCACUACAUGGACCACGUUGUGUGCGGCAACGAUGUCGGCAUCAUCCCGAAGCCCUCUCCCCACUGCGCCGUCCAAAUCUGCAAGAAGCUGAACGUCGAGCUGAAGGACACGAUCAUGGUCGGCGACACGAUAGCCGAUCUGAAGAUGGGCCGCGUGGCCGGCCUGCGAGCCAGCGUUGGCGUGCUGACCGGCGUCGGUAACCGCGAGACCCUCGCCCAGUACACCGACUACUUCAUCGAAGACGUCAGCGAGCUCCCGGGCCUCAUCCGGAACAAGAUCAACGAGGACACGAAGCGCGGC